AAUAACUUUGCCUCCAUGCUUUUGCCUCGGCGAUGGGGAUGCGCCCCCGCCGAGGCCCACAACCACAGAAGGGCCCUAGGGCUGCGCGCCCUGAGUCAGGCGGCCUCAGCGCCGAGCUCCGUCAGGAGGCCCGGGCGUGCGGCAGCUCCGCCCAGAGGCCGGGCGGCCCCCGCGCGCGGCUCUGCCGGGACCAGAGCUCCAGGGGCGGGGGCGGCCUGGGCGUGCAGCUCCGCCAGCGGGCAGGCGGCGGCGGCGGCGGCGGCACGAGAUGGAGGUGUGUUCCAGUUACUUACCGAUCUUAAGCAGCAGCGCAAAGAUAGUGGAAAACAUAAACAGAGCUCUGGCCAGCAGAAUCUGAACACUAUCAUGUACGAAGUGAGUAGAGUUAUACAUUCCCUUAGCACGUUAGCACAAGUCAGAGGCUGGACUGUAUCACACUGUUCAUCAUUUACAAUCACACAUGCAAAAACAUUGAAAUACAUAUCCAAAACACCAUGCAGAUUCCAAAGUCCUGAGAUUGUGAGAGAUUUCCUCAUAGCAAUGAAAGGCCAUAAACUAACCAAAGCAGAAAAGCUACAGUUGCUUAACCACAGGCCAAUGACCGCAGUUGAGAUACAGCUGAUGGUAGAGGAAAGUGAAGAAAGACUAACAGAAGAGCAGAUUGAGUCACUUCUUCAGACACUUUCCAGCAUUCUUCCAGGGAACCCAGAGGAAGAGCUGCAGAGACAGGCGACAAUGGCAGCUGAAGAAGAAGGUGACCCAGAAUAGACAGCAUCUGAACCUAAGUUGGCAACAUCAUCAAAAGCUUAAUGAGUAAAGAACCAGCUAAACUUUCUGAUUGCAAAGACCAUGUCUGGGGUUUUUCACCCAGGGCUUAAUCUUGUGUGACAUCGUUGUACAGUACGUUAAUGUUUUGUUGUGUAAAUCAUAAAAGCAACAGUUGUUUAUAAGAAACAUAAAUCAAAGGAGAGCUCUCAUGUCAGCCUGUUUUGAGAUGUGAGAAAGAUAGUAAGUGGCUUCAUAAUACAGCAGUUUGUGAAAUAGUGAAAAUAAACGUUAUGCUUGAA